AUGAAGGCCACUUUUGCUAUCUCUGCCAUGAUGGCAGCCCUUGCCACUGCUCUGCCUACCCCCAGCAACGUCCUCUCCUCCACCCUGUCCAGCACCAGCGGUGUCGCCAGCGAGGUCCACAGCGUCCUGACCGUUACCCACGGUGUCACCAACCAGAAGAUGCUUGUUGAGCUCACACAGAAGGCUGCUGGCCUUCUCACUGGCUCUGGUCUGGGAUCUGUCGCCAGCCCCGUUGGCACCAUCGUUGACACCGCUUCCAACGCUAAGGACCUUGUCUCCCCCAGCGGUGCCACUGGCCUGAUCACCGUUGCUCUUAGCGGAACUGAGUUCGGUCUCGUUGAGCUUGACGGCACUGUUGAGGGUCUCCUCAGCUCCCUUGGUCUCGGCGAAGUCAGCACCGUUGUCGGCACCGUUGUCGGCACCGUUGAGGGUGCUGCCACCAGCGCUAAGCGUGAUGCCACCUCCAACCUCCUCUCUCUGACCGGCCUUAACGGCCAGAACGUCCUCGUCAAGGCUGAGGGUCUCCUGAGCAACGUCGACCUCUCCUCCGUUACUGGCUCCGUCCUCGCUGAGGUUCCCGGUGUCUCCUCCCUCGCCUCCAAGGCCAAGGAGCUCGGUGAGAACCCCACCCAGCUGAUUGGUGUCGCUACUUCUACUGGCUCCGCUCUUCUCGUUAAGGUUGAGGGUCUCGGUGGUGAGCUCACUGAGGUUCUCGGCGGUCUUCUGUCUACUCUUGGCCUCGGUGACCUCACCAAGACCGUCGGUACUGUUGUCUCCACUGUCGAGGGUGCUGCCUCCAGCGCUAAGCGUGAUGCCACCUCCAACCUCCUCUCUCUGACCGGCCUUAACGGCCAGAGCGUCCUCGUCAAGGCUGAGGGUCUCCUGAGCAACGUCGACCUCUCCUCCGUUACUGGCUCCGUCCUCGCUGAGGUUCCCGGUGUCUCCUCCCUCGCCUCCAAGGCCAAGGAGCUCGGUGAGAACCCCACCCAGCUGAUUGGUGUCGCUACUUCUACUGGCUCCGCUCUUCUCGUCAAGGUUGAGGGUCUCGGUGGUGAGGUCACCUCCCUUGUCAGUGGUCUUCUCUCCACCCUCGGCCUUGGUGACCUUACCAAGACCGUCGGUACCGUUGUGACCUCCGCCUAA